UGGAUUAUACUCUUUUCGCUGCUUUAUGUUUGUUUCUGCCAUAGAGGAAACUUUCUCACCAACUGUUUUCAAGUGGGACUGCUUUCCAGUGGCAGAGCCAUGAUUUGCCUGUUAAGAUGGACUUCUUUCCUCUGGACUGUAAAUUUAAUUCCUUGCACUUAUGGAAUGUCAGUGAGUGAACGAACAGAUGGCUCUUGUCCCCCUCUGAGUGUAGAGGAGCACAUGUUUUCUGAAGUCUUAGAUCGUCCCCUGGAAAUCACAGGAUUUGAUCUCACAGAAAAGUUUCUUCUCCGAAAGGGAACGAUCACAGAGGACCUGCCGUCAUUUCGUUUAGGAAGCAGUCCACUCAUUAAGGCAACAAAAGUAAUAUUUCCAAAUGGGCUUUCAAGUGAAUACUCCCUUGUCACCAUUUUCCGGGUGAGAAGAACUACAAAAAAAGACCGCUGGUAUCUUUGGCAGAUAUUCGACCAGCCGGGAAGCAGUCAGGUAUCUGUUGUGGUUGAUGGGGGCAAGAAGGUGUUGGAGUUUUCUUUCCAGGGCCAGCUAAAGAACGUUCCCCGCUACACAUUUAAGAGCCGUGACCUACAUGCCCUUUUUGAUCGCCAGUGGCACAAGCUGAGCAUUUCUGUACAGAGCAACAUCGUCUCCAUUUACAUGGACUGCAAGCUAAUAGAAAGGAGACUGACUGACGAGAAGGACAACGUUGACCCCAGUGGGCACACUCUCAUCACCACACGAGUUGAGGAUGGACGACCCGUAGAUAUUGAACUAAAGAAAAUGCUGCUCUACUGUGACCCUUAUAUGGCCGAAAUGGAAAAUUGCUGUGAGCUACUGGAGCCAAAGUGCGAAGCCAAGAAGACCUUUAAUGGGACUUCCCCUCCCCUGGUUACAGCCCAGCUCCCCCAGAUGCUGUCUCAGCCGGCCUCAGAGUCAAUUGACAGAUGUCACUGUCCAGCUGAAAAGGGAGAUGCUGGUCUUCCAGGUGUAGUUGGACUGCCAGGAAUAAAUGGAGAGAAAGGAGACAAGGGCAACACUGGGGAGGCCGGGGCUUCAGGAAACCCAGGACAUAAGGGAGAACUUGGAUCAGAUGGGAAAAAGGGAAUCGAUGGGGAGAGGGGUGAUGAAGGUCUGCCUGGUGCUCCGGGGCUGCCUGCUGACAAAGGGUGUCUCAAAGGAGAUCAGGGCCCUCCAGGUGGCAAAGGAGAGAAGGGAUUGGCUGGGGUGCCGGGUCAGCAAGGGGAACCAGGCAAAGAGGGCAAAAGGGGACGGAGAGGAAAGACUGGGGAGCCUGGACUCAGAGGCCUGCCUGGUCCCCCAGGAACCCUGGAAGGGGCAAGUGUCAAGGUGGAGGGGGGUGAGUCUGCAGUCCCGUUGGGAAAAGGAGAGGGUCAGCAAGGUGCUGAAGAGGCCGACAGGAUGAAAGGACAAAAAGGUGAUGUUGGUCCUCCUGGUCCUCCUGGUCCUGUGAUGACAGCUCAUGGAUUAAGACUGCUCUCCGGAACUGAUGAAAUAAAGGAAAAGACCGAAAAGGGAGAAAAGGGAGACGAGGGGGAGAGAGGAACGCAAGGACUGCAAGGCUUCAAGGGAAACAUGGGGCCGCCAGGAUUAAAGGGGGAUCAAGGACCAGUGGGUAAGCAAGGCCUGCCUGGACCCACCGGUCUCCCAGGACUCCCAGGCGAGCCAGGCUCGCCAGGGGAGUCAGGGUUGCCUGGGAGAGAUGGCCUGAAAGGAGGAAAGGGGGACUCUGGUGGAGUGAUGGGGCCACAGGGACCUAAGGGUGAGCCUGGAGAGCGUGGAGGUGGAUCUAUGGGCGAUGGGUUGUCUCUAAGCAGAGGGUCUCGCGGACCCAAGGGUGAGAGAGGUGUCCCAGGACUGCCAGGAGACCAUGGUGAAAAAGGCGAACCUGGAGAGAGUAUCAUAGGCUCGCCUGGCCGCAUGGGACCCCCAGGAAAGCCGGGAAUUGAGGGCCCUCGUGGACCCCCAGGUUUAUCUGGCCCCGCUGGAGCUGCAGGCAGAGAGGGCUCCCCUGGUAGGCCAGGAACCCCGGGCCCUGCUGGACCCCCAGGCAAACCAACUGCCCUGCCAAUUGUUGGAGACAUGGGUGCAUUACUCAAGAAUGCCUGCAGUGUGUGCCAGACGAGAACCCCAGGGCUUCCUGGGCAGAAGGGAGAGAAGGGGUCCCAUGGAGUGCAAGGAGUACAAGGCAUAGUAGGAGAAAAGGGGGAUCCAGGUGUAAGAGGUCCUAUGGGUAACCCUGGGAAAGAAGGCCCAAAGGGAGUAAAAGGAGAGAGAGGGUUCCCAGGCCCCACUGGAGAUAAAGGUGAUGAGGGGACUCAUGGAGUACCAGGACUUCCUGGUGUGACAGGUCGCACAGGGGCCCCAGGGCUUUUGGGUAGACCUGGGCCAAUGGGCCAACUAGGAGGCAAAGGAGAUAAAGGAAAUGAAGGACCCACAGGCAGAGCAGGGCUUCCAGGGCCUCCGGGUGUACCCUAUGUGGAGGGCAACGGGAUGAGCAGUCUGUACAAGCUGCAGAGUGGUGGAGCUAUUUUGGGACCCCCUGGAGCUCCUGGGGCUCCGGGUCCCAAAGGAGAUGAAGGACUUGCAGGGGAACCAGGGGCCAUGGGAUUACCCGGGCUUGAAGGGCUACCCGGUGCAAAGGGUGAUAAUGGUUUGCCUGGUCCACCUGGGAUACAAGGUCCUUCAGGGAAGCCCGGCACUCGUGGAGAGCCAGGGAUCCCAGGAGAGCCGGGUGAGAGGGGGCCGCUCGGAGAGACAGGAUUCCCAGGGCCCGAGGGACCCCAAGGUGUUGCUGGGAGACCAGGAAAAGAUGGAACUCCUGGAUACAAGGGAUCUACAGGUUCAACAGGAGACAGAGGAUCCAAAGGAGAACGUGGUGAUCCAGGGAUUCCUGGAGAAAGAGGUGUUCAAGGCGAGAGGGGUCGCUCAGGAGAUUCUGGCCCGAUCGGACAGAUCGGACCACCAGGUCAAAAAGGAGAUCCUGGCCCUCCGGUACAUUUGGAGAAUGUAAACCUCAUGGGUGAUCCCAGCUUCAUGGAAGAACUCAAAAUGUUCAUCAGGAGCGAAGUAUUGAGGGUCUUCGAAGAGAAGCUAUCUGGCUCUGCCAUACCACAGAAGACACAUGCAGGGAUCUUAGCUUCACAAGUCCAUGGGCCUCCAGGACCUCCUGGAAAAGACGGAUUACCAGGACAGCCAGGAGAGCCCGGACCUCCUGGUCCUCAUGGGUACAGGGGUCAGAAAGGAGAACGAGGUCAGCUUGGUCUGGGGUUACCAGGAGAUCCAGGAUCCAUGGGGCCACAAGGCCCUCCUGGGAUCACUACUCAGGGCCCUCCUGGCUCUCCAGGGCCCCGUGGACCUCCUGGGACAUGUGACCCCAGUGGCUGUGUCCUUCCAUCCCUUUGAGCCCAGCAGAGCGGGUUCCAGUACAGACGUCCGGCUCCGGAGAAGGUCGUCCUGGCUGUAUGUAACAGCUCCCUCAGCUCUGGUUUAUCGGACAGACUCACAACUGACCUCUUCUGAUCACUUUACAAUAACACUUGGAUGCAGUCAGGAUUAUUCUUUCAUGGGUUUUGUUUUGAAUGGGGAAAAAAAAACCUUUUGAGGUUUCUUUCUUUUUUCUUUUUUUUUUGCAAUCUGUACUUUAAAGGUAUUUCUUGUUUUCCCAUCCCCUACUGUGAUGUAAUGCAUUCCUUGUCAACUCUCAUUAUGUCUUUCAAGACCAUGAAAUGACUUUGUUUCUUCAAGUUCAGUCCUGUCAAAAAACAUGGUCUUAAUUAUUUGUUUGCCUCCUUAAUGGGCAUGCCUUUUCACUCGUCUGUUUUUAUUCAGAUAAGCCCAUGUGCUGGCAGAAGGUACAUCUCACAUUUGAGUGUGUGUGUGCGUGUGUGUGAGAGAGAGAGAGCGAGAGAGAGAGAGAGAGACAGAGCGAGAAAGGGAUUAGCUGUAUGAAUAUAUUUGUUUUAUGUGGAGAAAAUGUUUGAUUUUUGAAACUCCUUAUGCAACCAAAGUGCAUCAGAUGUGUCUGAUAUGGAAAUUAUUUAUUGGAAGCGUGUUCUUCAAGAAUGUACUUAAAGACGGUAAUAAUAAUUGUAUCAAAUGUAGCAUGGAUAUUCAGUAAUAUUAUUACUAGAAGUUGGAUGAAUACAUUUCUGGAUUACUGAGAGUCGUAUGAAUUAUCACUGACACAUUUGCAUUGUGCAUGAUAAUCUUUUUCUUUUUAUGAGAAUCAGCGGUGAAAUCAUUGACACGGACGUCACGUCUUCCUGUUGUAUGUAGGUUACAUGUGUCUUUACUGACUGCCAUAUCUUUUGUAGUACAAAAACCUACAACUCAUACUUUUAUUCUGAAACUACUGUGUUUGUAAUACAUCAAGGGCAGAUUCGAAGAAUGUACUUUUAUUGUUGUGUUUAUUUAAUGAGUGUGAUUUGACCUCACAUUCACCUUUACUGUUGGUUUAUUCUGAAGAUAAGUUUCCUUUUUUUUCUCUCUGUUUCAUGGGGCCUGUAAUGGGACCUGACAAUAUAAUUACAUAAGCAAGUUGUCAUUGUAAUGAUACAAUAAGGUUCUCACUUCUAUUGUAGGUGUGUGUGUGGGGGGGGGGUUUAACAUUUACUGUUUACAGAGUGUUGUGUAUGAUGAUUCCUCUGGUUUAUUUGUAUAUUUUUGAUUUUCAGCCACAAAAAAGGAAAUCGGACUACUUCACUACAACUUCAGACUUUUUAUUUGGAUUGAACAUGUGAUCAUAAAUGUACUUGAACUUUUUCAUUGUUUUAACAGUAUCAUGGUCUACAUCCUGGUUUUUCACUCACUGACCAGCCCUGUGUGUCACUGUGUACUGUCUGGCAGUUUGGAUUUAUUUAUUUGCUAUGGGAGGUUUUAAAGCCAUUUUAAUGUUCUCAACUCAUUUCAGAAGGUUUUGAGUCAACUUUAUUUAAACAGGCCAUAUGAUAUUAUGUAAAUCAUUCAGAAACUCUUUACAAUCCCUCUGAAAAAACAAAAAGACCAGCAUUCAAACUUUAUAUUUAAAUUAAUUCUCAGUGUUUAGAUUUUUGUGGAAAUGUUUUUUCAUCCAAAAAGUAAACUUUAUAAUCAUCCUUAACGUUGAACUUAUAUAUAUUUUCUUCAAGCUUUCAUUCUGAGUGCUGUUUAAUGAGAGUUUUGACUCAAAGGCUUUCAUUUUACUUUUAAGUAUCCUGCUGUGAUUAAUGUUUGAAAAGUGCUGUGGGUGUUUCUGACAUUUUGUGACGUCGAAAACUUGGUUCUUUAUGUAUUUCAUCCUUUAAGAUCUGUUUGACCCUAUUUUUUUACUUCAUCAUACUUAACAUCAUAAAAAGUCAUCAGGCUUCUUUAACACAUAUGAAUCAAGAGUCACAUCACUUUUGUACUCAGCAUGCAGGCUUGGUUUUUAUCUCUGCUAAGUUUCAUCCUUGUGAGUGAGUCUACUUUCAGAUUGAAUCAGAUGUCUGCCGCUGCCUUCAUUUGUGAGUUGAAAGAGCCCCCUGCUGGACAUGCAGAAUUCAUUUUGUCAUUGCUUGUAAUGUGAAUGGAAAACAAAUUUUCUUUGGGUUAUAGGCAACAUAAAAUCCCCUCCUUCUAUUGGCUUCUGCCCUUUCAUCAUGUCAAUUUAAUAUUCAUUCUAAUGCGUUCCCCUUGGAGACAAUAACGCCGACCUUGACCAAAUUCAAAUGAGGCCGCAUCAGUGGACUAAUGCCAUCUUAACUUUUGGUGUACUGAUGAGAGCAACUCUGCUUAUAUAUUGAAUUUAGCUUGAAUUGAUAUUAACGUGCGCCGGUUUGUGACUUCAAUUUAGCGAAACUGUAUGAUAACUAGGGAGGACACAAACUGGCCGCUGGUGUCACAGCCCACUUCACUAGCAAUUUGGGGCCAGCCAUUUUUACAUCGCUCUGAAUUAAAAUCCAUUAAUUCUAAGUGUAAAAUGUCAGAUGAAAGCAAACUCAAAAGAUGGGGGAUGGAGGUUGGAGCAUCCUUCAAAUCAAGUGCGGUUAAACAACCAAAGAUAGGCUUGUCAAAUAAUGCAAAAGUCCUUUAAAACAAUAAGAUUUAUACAUCCGCAUAUUUCAUUAUUGCUCACAGUAAUGUAAGUUGAUCCUGUUGCCAUAUAUAAUCUAAUCUUGUAAAUAAGCUUGUAAUGAGGGGGAAUAUGGAUCAGCCUCUCAGCACGGUCCCUCGGAUUAAAAACCUCUCCCUGCUGCUCUCGAUGUAACUCCUCUCUGCUCCUCUAUAAGCUCUCAUGUCCUGCUGUGGGACUUUAAUAUGUGCUUAUGAAAGUGUUUGUUUUAUUCAAUAUCUACCUCAGUCUUGGUUUACCACAUGUCUACAUGAUUAGCUUUAUAGAAAAAAUAAUAAUACAACACAAACUGUUGCCUUUUACUGAAAAAAGUAAUUGAAACCUCAUUUGAAUGUGGAAACAGACAGUCCUGGAUGUUGGCAUCAGUAUACUGCAGGUCGACUCACUGGACUCUGGAUAAAGAACAGGGGCAGUGAUGUUCCUGUCGUGGACGAUGAUCCUGUGUGUAUGUGGUUACCAGGUAUCAGAGGUUAUAUUUUACUCCUUUCUCUGCAGCAUCUUUUAUUUACACUGAUUCAUGGCACCUGCCUUACAUGUGUGCAAUAAAUGUUAUUCAGUGCUUUAUUUCCUGUGUUCUUGUGUGGUGUUUUGGGGCACUAACACAGCCUUGCUUAAAGGUUUCUUAUGAUGUAUUUUAUGAUAUACUCUGUGUUUUAAAGGGCAUAUAUUGAUUGAAUGGUGAGUUAGUGUUGAACAUGAACUCCCUUAAAAAGUUAUUUCAUAUUACCAUGUGGAAAACUCAACCAUUUUUUCUUUGUCUAACCAAGAUUUUUAACUUUUUGGUUGUCUUAAAAAAGGAUAGAAGUUUAUCAAGCAUUCAUUUAAAAUGCAAAUAUAUGUUUAAAUGCUAUUCUGAAUGACAUCUUUGAGUUUCAAAGUAGAUUCUUGACCUUUGAAACAGCUUUUGACAAAAACAAUCUUGCCUUAAGGUCCAUUUAAAACUGGACCUUUCCCAUCAAAUGAUCUUCAUCAGCAGUUGUCACAGAAAUGAAGAUGGAAAAAAAAGUAGAAAAGAUGCUUCUUUGAGCGUCUACAUUUCGUCAAGUGGUCCAACUCCAUCUGCAAAUUAAGAUCUUGUGAUAUGAUCGAAAGCUCAAGAGCAGCUAUUAAAUGGAUCUUGAGGUGAGAUUGUUUUAUCAACUGUGAUAUCUUUGUUUUUAUUUUAGGUUUUUGAAAAACUACUGAAAACUUAAAAUUUUACAUUUCCUCUUCUUUGUAACACAAUUUAUGAUCACAAAAUUAUACCAGAAGACAGAAUGCGUCAUGUGUU